UACGGACUCGUUAAUGCCGUAUACACAAUGCAGGAUUCAUCAACAGCCUUUUGCCCAUAGAUAUGCUUUAGCCUUUCCGUAGAACGCUGUUUUACGUCAUCAGAGCGAGACAGCAACCAAAGCGGCAUGGAAGGAAAGAACUGACCUUCAUUCCAUUAUAUUCAUUAUAAUUCUAACUGUAUUCCAUUAUAUUCAUGAUAAUUCUAACUGUGUUCCAUUAUAUUCAUUAUAAUUCUAACUGUAUUCCAUUAUAUUCAUGAUAAUUCUAACUGUGUUCCAUUAUAUUCAUUAUAAUUCUAACUGUAUUUUCUGCAUUACCUAUAACGACACUUACUAGGCAGGUUCUGAAACCUUCAUCAUGUCUGUGAAGAGUGUGUCAGUCCAUGCCAAAUGGAUCGUAGGAAAGGUUAUUGGUACCAAAAUGCAGAAAACUGCCAAAGUCAGAGUCACCAGGCUGGUUCUGGAUCAAUAUCUUCUCAAGUAUUACAAUAAGAGGAAGACCUACUUUGCACACGACCCACUUGAGCAGUGCACUGUGGGAGAUGUUGUUCUUUUAAAAGCUCUAGCAGAAAGGAGGUCAAAGCUCGUAACCCACGAACUGGCUGAAAUUGUGUAUAAAGUGGGAAACGUCAUAGAUCCUCUGACUGGGAAGCAGGUUGCUGGAAGCUUGUUCCGAGAAACUCUCACAGACUCGAUGGAGAAUCCUGCUGGAUCUUUAACAGAGAAGCUACAGGAAUUAAACAUCUCAGCUGCUACAAGUGAAAUCCUACAGAAACCCUCUGAAGUCUGAAUUGCCUCUGAAACUUUUUUGUACUCUGUGUAAACUCAAUAUUUUCUGUAUAUUCUGUUUAAUAAAAGUAAGUGUCAUA